AUGUUAUCGCGUCUGCCCGUCCUCCUCACACCCGCUUUCCGGCCUAGAUCUCUCCCCAUCCGCCCCCACACCCGUCCCGUUCUUUUUGCUGUCUCUCGAGCAAUGUCCUCUCGUGCCGUCGAAGCCUCCCGCGCGAUCCUCAAGUCCAUUGACCUCUCCGGGGGCUAUGACCCAGAGCAGACACGUCUCAUGGACGAGCGAUGCAUCCUCGUCGACGAGGAGGAUAACGCGCUCGGCGCGGCGGACAAGAAGACCUGCCACCUGAUGGAGAACAUCAACAAGGGCCUCCUGCACCGCGCCUUCUCCGCGUUCGUUUUCCGGCCCUCGGACGGCAAGCUGCUCCUGCAGCAGCGCGCGAGCGAGAAGAUCACCUUCCCGGACAUGUGGACGAACACGUGCUGCUCGCACCCGCUCGACGACUUCGCGGAGGAGAAGGAGGAGAGGGACCAGCGCGGCGUGCGCGUCGCCGCGAGCCGCAAGCUCGAGCACGAGCUCGGGAUCCCCCCAUCCCAGACGCCGGUCGACGGCUUCCAGUACCUGACGCGCAUACACUACCUCGCACCCUCGGACGGGCUGUGGGGCGAGCACGAAGUGGACUACAUCCUGUUCAUGACCGGGGACGUCGCGGUGACGCCGAACGUGAACGAGAUCCGGGACUUCAAGUACGUCAGCAAGGGGGAGCUACAGGCGAUGUUCGAGGACCCGGCGAACUCCUUCACGCCGUGGUUCAAGCUCAUCGCGCGCGACUUCCUCUUCGGCUGGUGGGACGAGCUGCUCGCGCGCAAGGAUGCGAAGGGCGAGGUGAGCGCGAAGAGCCUCGCAGGCCUCGUGGACGGCGGCAAGGUCGUGAAGAUGGUUUGA